AGAAGAAGAAAAAGAGUGAGAGAGUGUGUUCAGUGUGAAACCACUGAAAAAAAAAAACUGAGAAAGCGACAGGCAAAGAAAAAAGAGGUUCGGAGCCAGCCACCAUAACAGUGAAUUCUGAAUGCAACAAAUAAAAAAAAGAGAGAGAGAGAGAGAGGGGUGUUGUGUGUUUUUUUAUUGGGAUUUCUGUGAGGAAUCCAUUGAAGGAGGAAGAGCAUCGAUUUAUGUCUUCUGGGUAUUAUUUGGAAGUAGUGAUUAGAGCUCUGUUGCUGCUCCAGUUCGGUUGUGCUUGUGUUUUAUGCAUGCUUCUCUGGCUUUUGUUGAAUACUGCUGUUUCGAUGAGUUUGAGGUCAAAACGGACAUGUUAUGGAGUUGUGGUUUGUUAUGGGGGGUUUCAGAUAAAAAUAUUGUCCAGUUUCUUCCUCCUUUUGAGAGUGGAUCUCACCUGAUAUUCUUGAAAUUUUGAGGGGUUUUGUUGUUGUUGUUGUUUUUUUUUUUUUUUUGGGUUUUAUUUUAGUUUUCAAAAUUUUGGUUUUGUUUCGUUAAACAAUUUUCCGGGUAUUUUGAGGGGUUUUGUGGGUCAACAAUUUUUCACGAUGGUGGAGCCUCUUAACAAGGUGAAGAAAUUAAAGCAGAAGCGAAACCGGGUUCGUGAGUGCAAAAUGGCGAGAAAAUUGCGCAUCAUUUGUGAUGAUCCUGAUGCUACCGACUCUGAUGAAGAUGAGAAUGAGAAGAUUAAUGGUGGGAAGGUGAAGAGAAGUAUGAUUGAGGUUACUCUUCCCCUUGUUUCGUUUAACUCUGUCACUGCAGAAGAAACUAGCACCCAGAGCUCAAACAACCACCAACAGAAGAAGGUGAGUGUUUUGGCCAAAAAAACAUCCUCAGUGAAGAGACAACCUUGUGGGAAGUACAAGGGUGUUAGGAUGAGAAAAUGGGGCAAAUGGGCUUCAGAGAUUCGUGACCCUUUCAGAGGUGUUCGUGUCUGGUUGGGCACUUACAACACUGCAGAAGAGGCUUUUCAAGCUUAUGAGACCAAGAGGCUUGAGUUUGAAGCCAGGGCCAAGGCUGAGAAGAACAACAACGAUGGUGAUUUUGUUAAAACAGUGGCUGCCCUGGAAAAUAACAGUUCCAACUAUUGUGUUUCUUGUGCUGCAGGUUCUGUAUCUGACUCCAAGUCUUGUACUUUGGAUGACUCAGAGAGUUUGGUGUCACACACAUCCCCAUCUUCAGUGCUCGAAUUGGAUAAUUCCGUUGAAAGUGGUAAGGUUUCAAGCAAUGAGGCCAAAAGUUUGGAGGAUGAAUUUGCUGAGUUGGAAAUUCCGGAUUUUAGUAUGCUGAAUGUGGCAUCUCUGGUUGAUUUGGAUUGUUUGGCGUUUGAUGGCUUGGAGCAUGUCUUUGAUGAUGAUCUUGGAGGGUUGGAGGACAUUCAUAUUUCUGGUUUUGAUGACAAUGUGCCUAGUGAUCUUCCUGAUUUCGAUUUUGAUGACUUUGGUGCUGAUGAGUUUGCUGGUUGGAUUGAAGAACCCCUCAAUAUACCUUGCGUAUAGAUUUUGCAGCUAAAUAGUCUAUUACAUUUUAUGUUCUGCGUUAUUGCCCAAAAGUGCAAAAGUUUUGUGAUAUCUCAGGAUCAAACUAGUUCCUGGGUGAGUUGAGUUUUUAAUUUAUGUUUCUUGAGGGUGAUGGGUGAUAAAUGAGAGUUAAUGAGAGAAUGCCUUGGUUUUUCUUGUGCUAUUAGAGCCGUCCAAGGGUUUCUAUUAUCAUCAUAGUUUUAUGGCGGAGUGUAGAAGACUAUCCAAUUUCAAUUGUAUUAUCUACCCAUCAAAUAUUUUGAUUUCAAUUCUGUGUCAA